AUGUCUGAAGAGUAAUAGUAAUAUUGGCCAAUUUUUACAGAGUUAGAUGAUACCAAAACAUUCUGGAACAAGAAAUCUAUCAAUUUUACUAAAUAUACAAUAAUUUAUCAACAGUUAAUGAAUAGAAUUAGUUGGAAAAGUAAUAAGCCUACUGAAUAUGAAUUUUUAUUAAGUGAAGAAGGUGUGCUGUUUUAUAAGCAAAAUAAUAAGGUUAAGGGAUAUGUUGAAUUAAACGAAGACAUCAGUCUGAAAUUGAUUGAUCUAAAAAUCUCAAGCAAGAAAACAGAUGCUGUAAAAGUAAUCAGAAUUAAGAGAACUAAAGAUAUCUUCAACUAUAUUUGGAAUAAAGAUUUGUACUUUAUAGGUGCAUUCUUAAUUUUAGUUAAUAUACUUUUCAGUUUUUGAAACAUUUAUGUUAAUUCUGUUUUGUUCAAAAUUUAGAUUAGUUAUACACAUUACAAGAUGUGAUUGGAAAGGGUGGAUUCUCCAAAGUCUAUACCCUAACCCCAAAUAUCAGACUACCUAACCAGUCCUUUAAUUAUGCAGGUAAAGUCUAUAAUAAAAACGAAUUAUUAUCUAAAAAAGACUUAAAGAAAUUUUAUCAAUUCAUUCGGAAUGAGUGUUAUGUUUUAAAAAGAAUUAAUUUUCCUUAUGUUCUAAAAUUAUGUGAGAUAAUUCAAUUGGAUGAACUCUUAAGUAUGAAUGUAAUUGUUAUAUCAUUUUAGUCUUAGUGACUGAAUAUAUUAAAGGAGGGUCUCUAUAUUAAUAUUUGAAAGAAAGAAAGCGACUCACAGAACUUGAAUCUACUCAGAUUUUACAGAAGUUGGCAUUAGGAUUGUAAUAAGUACAUAAGUAAUAUAACUUAUCUAUUUAUUAAGUUUAGGAUAUGUUCAUCGAGAUAUUAAAUUAGAGAAUGUACUUAUAGAUAAGGAUUAGUUGAAAUUAAUUGAUUUUGGAUUUGCAGAAAAAAUAUGUAGAGAUAGAUUAGUUAAUGGUUAAGGAACAGCUGGUUAUAUUGCACCAGAAGUAUUCAUUAAAUAACCAUACUAAGAAGUAGGGGAUAUAUUUAGUUUAGGUGUUAUAUUUUAUUCAAUGUUAUCAGGUAAGGCUCCAUUUAGAUCAAAUACUUAUGAUGCUUUACUUAAAUUAAACAAGGAAUGUUAAAUAGAUUUUUCAGAAUUGAGAUUUCCUAAUGUUAGUCAAAAGACUAUGCAUCUUUUAAAAGCGAUGUUAUAGAAAUAACCAGAAAAUAGAAUUAAUGUUUAGGAUUUAUUAAAUUAACUAACUGUUCAUUAGAUAUUUUCCCCUUUUCAUGUAGUUGCUUCAACAUAAUCUAUAGUUGAGGGUUCAGUUGGUUUAAGCUUUAAUCAUUUGUAAUCAAAAAAUACUCUAAAAUCAUUUUAUUAACAUAGUCAAAAUUCAUUUAUUGAAAAUAAUAGUUAAAUAUCUUAAUAAAAACCAUCAAAAAAUUUAAAGGAUAGACGAUAUAAGAGUUAGAGUAUGGAUAAAAAAGGUAUGUUUUUGAAAUCAUCAUCUUUUAAACCUUCACUUAAAAGUAUUUAUUAAAUAAAAAUUGAAUAAUCUGAUGAUAAUAUUUCCAUCACAGAUUUUGAAUCACCAAUACCAUAAGAAAGUCUUCAAUUUCUUUAAACUUCUUAUUAAAAACUAAAUUGUUAAAAGUUUAUUUGA